AUGGAUCAAAAACAAUCGGGUCCUUAUAGGGCUCACAAGAGAGCAUCCGGGAACUAUAAGCCGCCUACUUGUGAGGAUGCUACAGCUACGGACAUGAGCGACUCGCAGCCCGAGAGACCUACUCGACAACACCACAGAGAUGGCGCGGAGCCUCGUCAGCCUCUACAGCCGACUACGGCGAAUACACCGAGCAGCAGUCGCUUUUCGGGUCAGGCUACGAAUCAAACUACUUAUCAGCAGAGCGGCUAUACCAGUCAUCCCUUUGCCCCGGUUCAGAGCACAUACAAUCCGCUCUACGGGAGUUCUUCCGUCCCUAUGAAUUAUCCGUCAACGUAUCAGGCACCAUCCUAUCCUGGACGAUACGCCUCCAACACAUCAGUCCCGUACUCUUACGGCGGUCAGUACGCCCAGCCGCCUUACAUCUACGCUCCAACCACGCAGCCUCCAGUGGGAUACACUGAUCCUCGGAGGUACUCUUACGGCGACGAAUACUACCCGCCUGAACCCACAAACACCUACCCAUCUCGGCCUCCACCCCCUGCUCCCCGGCCUCCGAGGGCCAACUAUGGCUACGAGCAACGGUCAGCUACGCCGGCGCCCAAGACCGAGAGGCUACCACCACCCAAGAAGAAGGUUCCGGCUAGACCAGCUACUGCUAGACCCGCGGAGGACAAUUCAGGGCAGGAGAAGUUGAUCAAGGAGAUUGGCAAGAUGCGCAGACAGAUUAAGAAACUAGAGAUGGGCCAGGAAGACCUCCUCUCUGACACGGGACGUGUGCGGUCCGAGUUCAUGCUUCCGAGUGCAUCCCUCGCCGGCCGAGCCUCUUCGGCGGAAUCCGUCCAAGCCCUCGAGCACAUCCGGCGCAUCAUCGACGACUGUCUACGCAAGACGGGGAGGGAGUCGUCUUACUACGGGGACUCGAGCGUCGACGCCAUCGGGGCUCUCAUCAGGGACAAGUUGGCGUCUGAGAGGAGGGAGUCGAUGGAGCCGAGGGAUGACCGGUCUUUUAGGAGGAGGGUCAUCGAGGUGCUGCAGGAUCUCGAGACGCAGGAUGGACGGUGGGAGAGGAGGUCGACUACCGGGGGUAGCACCACCAGGGAGGAGAAGAGACGUUCAGGUGGUCAGCGGUCUAUCACCUCUAGCGAUCCGCCCUUGGAACCCGUCACGCCGCCGUCGAGCUACAGCAUGCCGCAGCGCACCGGAAAGCCAUCGAGCGUGUCCCCGGAGCCUGGACACUCAAGGGACGUCGAGUACAUCUACGAGACCCGACCGAGGGGUACAUCCCGCGCCGUCCACUCAGACGAAGAGACAAUAUCCCGGCCCCCUAUCACUCGACGACCUGAGGCAGGCUACCAGGGUGGUGGUGCAGGUACAGGCCGGGCGAGGCGGAGGUCCAUGGUUGAGCCCGAACGGGGCAGUUACGGGAGGCCGCGCGUGUACCACGGCACUGAGGAAGUAGUAGACGACUACGAAGACGACCGUCCUCCCCGUCGGCGAACCGUGUAUCCCGACCGUCGGUCAACUCCUUACACAGGAGGUAGUCUCGGGCAACGAUUCCGCACGGAUCCCACGUCUGCGCCGUCUUCGUCUACGCGAUGGAGCAGGGAAGGAGGAGUGUACGAUGCGAGAUGA